UUCACUUUCUCUUCUUCAUUUCUAAAUUCAUGUUUCUGCAUUAUCUUAUUAGAGAGAGUAAAAUGAUGUCUCCAAAGCAUUCAGUUUUGUUCUUACUCUCCUUCAUUCUCUUAUCUCUUUUCCAUGCACCUGCUUUUGCAACAAAAAAGUCUUACAUAGUCUACAUGGGAUCACAUGAGCAUGGUGAAGGAGCCACGGAUGCUGAUUUUGAUCGGGUUACACAAGCUCAUCACGAGUUCCUUCAAUCCUAUGUUGGAAGCUUUGAGAAAGCAAAAGAGGCAAUGAUAUACUCUUACACAAGGCACAUCAAUGGUUUUGCUGCCAUGCUGGAAGAGGAAGAAGCUGCUGACAUUGCAGAACAUUCUGAGGUUGUGUCAGUUUUCUUAAACAAAAUAAGAAAACUGUACACUACUCAUUCAUGGGAAUUCAUGGACAUGACAAAGGGUGGGGUAGUUCCCUCCGAGUCAGUGUUGAGAAAAGCCAGAUAUGGUGAAGACAGUAUUAUUGCGCAUCUUGACACUGGUGUAUGGCCAGAAUCUCCAAGCUUUAGCGACGAGGGGAUGGGACCCAUACCAUCACGGUGGAAAGGAGUUUGUCAACAUGAUAUGACCGGAUUCCGUUGCAACAGGAAGCUUAUAGGGGCAAGGUACUUCAACAAAGGUUAUCUUGCCCAAACAGAAAUCGAAGCAAAAUUUAACAACACAGUACGAGAUUACGAGGGUCAUGGAUCUCACACACUGUCAACAAUAGGAGGAAACUUUGUUCCUGGGGCCAGCGUGUUUGGGUAUGGAAAUGGAACUGCCCAAGGUGGCUCUCCUAAGGCCCGGGUUGCUUCUUACAAGGUGUGCUGGGGAGAAGGUUGCGAUGAUGCCGAUAUCGUGGCAGGCUUAGACAUGGCCAUACAUGAUGGGGUUGAUGUACUCUCCCUUUCUCUUGGAUCCGAUGCUGUGGACUACUUUUACGAUGGUUUAGCAAUCGGGGCCUUUCAUGCUACCAUGAAGGGCAUUUCUGUCGUAUGUGCUGGUGGAAAUUCCGGACCAUUUACUGGAAGUGUCUCUAAUAUUGCACCUUGGAUACUAACCGUUGGUGCAAGCAACUUGGACAGAGAGUUUUACUCUGUUGUUCAUCUCCACAAUGGACAACGCUUCAAGGGAGCAAGCCUUGCAAAAGCUAUGCCGGAAAAGAAGCUUUACCCACUCAUCAACGCUGCAGAUGCAAAAAUGGCCAAUGAAUCAGUUGAAAACGCUACUCUGUGUCUGAGAGGAACAAUUGAUCCUAAAAAGGCAAGUGGCAAAAUAUUGGUUUGCCUUAGAGGUACCAAUCCAAGAAUGGAAAAGAGUCUGGUUGCUUUGGAUGCUGGUGCAGUUGGGAUGAUUCUUUGUAAUGACGAGUCUACUGGCAAUGACCUUAGUGCUGAUCCUCAUCUCCUGCCUGCAUCACAAGUUAAUUAUGAAGAUGGGCUUGCUAUCUAUGCCUACAUGAAUUCAACUGAGACUCCGCUAGGAUAUAUUGAACCACCCGAGACUGACUUGGGGGUAAAGCCUUCUCCAAUCAUGGCAGCUUUCUCCUCAAGAGGGCCCAACACAGUCACGCCAGAGAUCCUUAAGCCUGAUGUCACCGCUCCUGGUGUAAGCAUUAUCGCUGCCUACUCAGGGGGUGUUAGCCCAACCGAGUUCAAUUAUGAUAAUCGCAGGGUUCCUUUUAUGACCAUGUCUGGAACAUCCAUGGCUUGUCCUCAUGUGGCUGGAGUUGUUGGCCUUCUCAAGACUCUCUAUCCUACUUGGAGUCCAGCAGCUAUUAAAUCUGCAAUAAUGACAACUGCUAGGACAAGGGACAACACUGGUAAGGCAAUGCUUGAUUUUGAUGGUGAGAAGGCAAAUCCAUUUGCCUAUGGGUCUGGCCACAUCAGACCAAAUCGUGCCAUGGAUCCGGGGUUGGUGUAUGACUUAAGCAUGAAUGAUUACCUAAACUUUCUUUGUCUUACUGUCAAUAACCAGACUCAGAUAAUGGCAUUCUCUGGUGCACAUUAUCGUUGCCCUGAAAUAGUAGAAAUCUUGGAUUUCAACUACCCUGCAAUAACAAUACCAAAACUUUAUGGCACAGCUAGCUUGACACGGAGGGUGAAAAAUGUUGGGUCACCAGGCACUUACACUGCAAGACUUAGGGUACCAGCAGGUCUUUCCAUCUCUGUGGAGCCUCGUGUGUUGAAAUUUGACAAAAUUGGAGAAGAGAAGAGCUUUAAGAUAACAGUGAAAGUAACAAUACCGGGUGAGGCUACAGUAUUUGGAGGCAUAACUUGGUCAGAUGGGAAACAUCAAGUCAGGAGCCCAAUUGUAGUUGGUGGAGUUAAAGGGUAGAAUUUGUGAUUAGAAUAGUAAUUAGGAUGACAUCUUUUUUUUCAUCUUCUGCUUUAUUAGUUUCUAUGUACAUCCUUAGGAGAUUGAGAAAAGGGAGAACAAAUAAGACAGAAUUGUUA